CACUGCGUGUUCUCAGAAUAGUUCUUCCAAGAACUGUCUUCGCCGAACACUUCCAAGAAAUACAGACCAGGUGGACAACAUGUCAAGUGCAGCAGACGGCUGCAUCAAAUUCACUCGUCAUGCCGGUGAUGUGCUGUUCAACUUCAACCGUCUGCGCAGCAGAAACAUCCUGACAGAUGUCACCAUUUUGGUCGGUGGACAGCAAUUCCCGGCACAUAAGACAGUUCUGAUGGCAUGCAGCGGCCUCUUUUACUCUAUGUUUGCCAACACCCACAAAAGCAACCUGAGCUUCAUAAGUUUAGAUCCAAAGGUGGACCCCACUGGUUUCGCCAUACUGUUGGAGUUUAUGUACACGUCUUGUCUCACCCUUAAAGAUAACUUCAUUAUAGCCACACUCAACAUGGCCACAUACCUACAGAUGGACCAUGUGAUGGACACAUGCCAGAGGUUCAUGGACUCCAGGGGCUUGUGUGUGAAGCAGACAGAUCAUGGAUGUUUAACAAAAGAAGCUCCAUGUUUUCUUAGCGAUGCCCUGAACACCCCAUCCAGUGUUAACACCAGAACCUACGGCCCAUGCAGUCUACACUAUGCAGUCAGCACUUCCACUGAAAGCCCUACUCGAUUCUAUAGACACCUUCCUCUCCUGUUGGAGACCUCCAACACCACAAACCCCCUCUGGCAGAUCCCAAAGACCAGCGUAACAUCCCAGCCAGAAAGUGGAGUGACUACUGGUAGAGCCAUGGAGACCAGAGAGGAGAGGAUCCGCCCAUCUGUGCUCUUCCGGUCAGCUCGGGCUGAGGGAGACAGGAAGGGAGCGCCAUGUGUGAAUACGGACACCAGAAGUCCUCAAAGCCCCCUUAGAUCAGACUGCCAGCCAAACUCACCCGCAGAGUCCAGCAGCUGUAGUCGAGGGGUGGCGUCUCCGCAGCGAUCAGUGAGUGAUCCCAAAGUCCGCAACUGGAAAAAGUACAAGUUCAUAGUUUUGAACUCCAAAGACGGAGUGACUGACCAUAACACACCAACUCAAUCCCAAACAGUUAAAGAUUCCACCUAUAAGGCCAAUGAAGAUACUUCCAGAAGUCAACCCAAUAUUGACAGCAGCUUUACAGAUGAAUGCAUUCAAAAGGUGGAGUGUGGCUCUUCAUCGCCUCACCUCAACACUUCGACAGAGGAGAGCAGCAUGGGAACCACAAGAUUAGAAAUAGGCCGACUCUACUGUAAUGAGUGUGACUCUAAGAGCGAAUCGGAUGCAGAGAAGCCUCAUUGGGUACAGGACGGAAAGCCAUACAAAUGCGACUGCUGCCAAGCCAUGUUCCACUAUAAAGGAAACCUAGCUAGCCACAAGUCUGUCCACACAGGGGAGAAGCCAUACUGCUGUAAUGUGUGUGGAGCACAGUUCAACAGGCCUGCAAAUCUGAAAACCCACUCACGUAUCCAUUCAGGAGAAAAACCGUACAAAUGUGAAACCUGCGGCUCUCGCUUCGUCCAGGUGGCUCAUUUGAGGGCUCAUGUACUGAUCCACACUGGAGAGAAGCCAUACCCAUGUGACGUCUGCGGCACUCGUUUCCGCCACCUUCAGACACUCAAGAGUCACCUACGAAUACACACUGGAGAGAAACCUUAUCAUUGUGAGAGUUGUGACCUGCACUUCCGCCACAAAAGUCAGCUGCGACUGCAUCUGCGGCAGAAACACGGCACUGUCACCAACACCAAGAUCCAGAACCACAAAACCAGAACAGACCUCUAAGACCUGAAAAAAAAGCACUUUAAGCUCUUCACAGACUUAACAUAAUCUUUCAAAACAAAGCUAUCCUACAAUAUACAUGACAGACCUGCGGUACAUUAGUGGAACUGCCAUACUAAAAAGCCAUAUAUCUCUGUGAUGGCCUUACCUACAUGUUUACGGAUAUGAUGCAAUUGCAAAUGGUAUCUUAAAUAUGCAGGACGAAUUCACCAGCACAUUUUUUGUGUACUUCCUAUCAGAUAUGCAGAAGCACUUGUUCACUCUGCAUGAUUUCACACAGAUAUCAUGAUAGCUAAUCAUAUUUAAAUAAGGAAAUAAUUGACUUGCAAGCAUUGUAAAUCAAGUUCUUGCCAAUACAUACUGAAAAGUCAUUGAAUAAGGCUGGAUUAGCAUAUACAAACAUUUCUAUUAUUUAUGUCUGUUUACAAAUACCAGUGAUGUUAUUUCACUCCCUUUCAGCCAAACUGUAUGUAAACUGUAUUUCUGUUAAGUAUAAUUGUGUUUGCAAUUGCAGUGUCUGCUUUGAGAGUUGUUAAAAUGUGGUACUUUUAAGGCACACUCUACACUGUCUAACUAUAAUAUGUAUUAAGACAUUUGUUUGAUAUUGUACAGCUGUUUUUGGUACUAGAAGGCCCUUACAAUUAAAUAUUUGAUACCAUAGAAAUUAAGUGUGGAGUUCUAUUUUACUUAUUUAUUUAAAGCUGAAAUAUGUAACUUCUGCGACAUUAGCGUCA